AGUUGUGAAACAAGAAGCAAGGGAAUACCGUUUUAGGAUUACAACUUUUUGUUUAUUUCAAACUGCUGUUGUAGUCUCCUAUAUAAAAUUUAACUUAAAUGACCCCUAUGAUCUGGAAGAAAAAGGACGAGGUUGUUGAAAAUCAAUAGGGAUCUUCCUCUUGGGUUAAACCAUUCUAGAGAUAUCAUAUUCACAAUCCUUUCAUAAAAUUUAACUUAAAUGACCUUGAAGAAAAAGGCUAACAUCCCUUAAAAAUAAGAGGGUUCUUUUUCAAUACAAACUGUAUGUGUGGAGCAAGUUUGGUGAAUUUGGCAUAAACCACUCUAGAUAUAUCAUGUUUGCAAGUCUGUUAUAAAAUUUAACCUAAAUGAUGACCCCAAUAACCUUGAAGAAAAAGGUCAAGGUCGUUGAAAAUCAAUAGGGUUCUUCCUCGUGUUAAGGUGUAUGUGUGUCAUAAGUUUGGUGAACUUGGUCUACGCUAUUCUAGAGAUAGAGCAUUUACAAGCCUAUUAUAAAAUUUAACUUUAAUGACCCCAAUGGCCUUGAAGAAAAAGGCCACGGUCACUGAAGAAAAUCUAUCAAUCCUCAUGCCAAAGUGUAAGUGUAGUGUAAGUGUAGUGUAAGUUUGGUGAACGUGGGCUAAACCUUUCUAGAUGUAGAGCCUUUACAAGGAUAUGGACAAACGCUGCUCACUAGGACAACAUCCUUUGGCCAACAGUGGUUGAGGCGUAAAAAGUAGGACAAGAUCAUUGAACUGUGAAGAUAUGGCAUAACUCUGGUAUGUAUCUGUCUUAGAUAGCAUAGCCAAAUACCCCUGAUGAAAAAUAGAUCACUGUCAGUAAAAAUAAAUAGGGCUAUUCCAUAUAACCAAGUGGAUUUGUGGUAUAUUAAGUUUGAUGUGUCCAACGUGAAAUUAAAUAGUUCAAGAGACAGAGUGUUAAUUAACUCUCAGGAAUUGAAUAAACAUGCAUAUACAUGACUAUAAAGUUCAAUGUCACUGUAAUUUAAUGGGGUUCUUCCACGUGGUAAAUACUAAAUUUCACAUAUUCAGUCUUUGUAUUGAAAUAUGACUUACACAUGAGUAAGUCAAGAGAAUCAGGUUACAAGCCUGUCAGAAAAUAUAACUGAAUGAAUACAGUUCUUCUUCGUGUCUAAGUGGACCUGUGGUAUAGGUAUGGUUAAUUUGGAUUCAAGAGUUCAAAAGAUGUUGUGAUUAAUGGAUGGAUGGACAAGCAGAAAGACAAACAGGUGGACUGACAUUGGCAGCUACAAAUCACAAAACUGAAGGUGCCUUUUAAGACAUGGAGAGUGAUAGCAUUGAGAAGAUAAAGAAAAUUUCUGAAGACCUGUGGAAAGAAGUACAACAAAAACAUUUACAUAUUAGAAAUACGAGAGAAGUCACCAUUUUUAUGUGAGGAGGACCACCGUAAAAUACUCAAGGAAAGUAUUAGAAAGGUCCGUGGAGAAAUUGAAGCCCUGAAAAGGAAACAGCCAGAAGGUCUUUUCAACAGUCCAGAUGCUCAAAUAGAUAUUAUCAAGGAGGAACUAAAAUUGAGCUUUUCUCAGCUGAAGGAAACAUUAUCAGUGGCAAGAGUGGAGCGGAAGAAAAUGGCAGAUGAUAUAUUGAGGGAAGAAGAAAUAGUGACACAGUUAGAAAAUAUCAACCAAAUACUUCAAAAGAAGGUUGAACAAUCACAAUUAGAGAUUAAUUAUACUAAAGAUAGGUACUUCAUGGACUUGAAAAAGAAAGAAACCCUUAUAAAGAAGCAUCAUAAAAACUUGAUGAACACAAUGGCUGAUUUUCUGAAUGAAUAUUUCCCACCUCCCAAACCGUCAGAUGUAAAUAAGACCGGGAAACACAGAACAAGAAGGCAGUCCAUGAGGGCUACUGAUCCAGCAACAGAGCUUCACGCACUAAAAUCUAUUAUUGAGAGCCUGAUGAACAAGUGUUUGGAAACGCCACAUGACGCUUAUCUCACAGUGGAUGAUAAAUUUUGGCAACCAUAUGUAACAUUGUUAAUUCGCUGCAACAUUGCCAUGUUUCAUCCAGAAGAUGACAAGAGAAUUAAGCUGGUACCCUUCCAUUUAUGAUAGCAUGAAUGAACUUAUUUUUCUUUGUUUGUAUAUAUAUAUAUAGAUUUUACCAGUGCAAUGUCACAUUUAUACAUUUAUCAUCAUUUUUUAGCUUGCAAGUACAGGUGUAGCAUAUUUCAUACCCCAAGCAGUGUCCAAUAACAUGGAAAGUAAUGUUAAACAAAAUGUUAGGAGUGUUAUCUUAAACAGUACUGCAGGUAUUUAGCUAAGGUUUUCCACACAUGCAGAGCACAUUAACAUGAGGGGGCUGUUUCAUCCCCUAUUCAUUGUGUGCAUAUUAAAUACCAUAAAUUACAAAAUCUAUGUCUUAGUGUAUUGCUUAUUAGAAUCAAUGUUAAGGUUAAUGUGAGGGUUGAACAGUGUCUCUCUAAAAGCACUGCAUGUAUUGAAGGGAAGAUUUACAGACACAAAGCUCAGUGCCAUGCUGGGGAUGUUCCAUUAUGCUCUGUGUGCAUAUUGAUUAAGGUAAAUUAAAACCAAAUUCAAGACUGCAGUACUUUAUGUAUUGAACUGAAGGUUUGUAUCCAUCUAUCUUCUACAAGUGAGUUCUUUGGUAUCCUUACUGCCAAAGUUUUUACUUUUGUGGUGGAUGCAUAAAAAUUGGACAUUCACUGGUCCUGUCCUUGUUGUACAUGUUCAAUGAAUUAUUGAGAAUUUGAAAAUAAAUGAAAUUGAAUAUC